AUGGAGCUGGUGACGAUGCUGGACGGAGGCCGGGAGCGGGCAUCGCUGCCUGCCAGGCACAGCGCGGUGCCAGCGGCGAGCGCGGCCACGCAGCACGUCAGUCCCCCCGCCGGCGGUGGGGAUUUCACCUCGCUGGGAGCAGGGCCCCCGGACAGCCUGUCUGCCGGGACAGCGACCCACCUGCCCACCCGCAGCCUUCCUCCCGCCACUGGAAGUCAUCAUCGUGCUGUGGGCAGCCAGGAGAGAAGCAUGAGGAUUUCUCCCGGCACCCCUGUGGCUGCGGAGGGCAUACUGCGGGUUUUGGCAGCCACCAGCACCGAUUCGGCCGAGAGGACGCUGGGCGGGCACCGUGAGGCCUGGGACAUGGCAGGGUUCGACAAUGCAAUGAAGACGGUGCUGCUGCCUCCCUCCGCAGAGACUCGUCCCCCAGGCUUUUCAAGUAGCCAUCAGCCAGCCAGUAGCAUCGAUGCUGAGAAACGGACCUCGGUUUCUCAUACAGACGGCACGUACAUUUCAACCACAUAUACCAGAGGAGGAGAAAGAACCCUCCUGUCUAUCUCGAAUAGCAGCACCUCUGCUGACUCCUCGGAAAGUUCUACCUUUUUUUCUGAAAUUUCCAACCCUUCUGAUUCAUUGAAGUCUUCUGUGGCACAGGACAGGACAAGCAACAUAUCCAGCGAUGACAGUUUUGUUGAACCAUCUACAGAGCCGUUGCUGGUACACUCUUCCAAACUGUUGACUUCUGCUUCUGCAGGCAGUGUACCAAAUACAACUCUCUUCAACACUGACUCUGAGUUGUUGACUACUGGCCGAUCCUCUCUGUCUUCAUCAGCAUUUCCAGCCUCUUCCUCAUCCAACGAUCGUGGUCAAGUAAGCACCUCUCUAGCUACAACUGUGGUCAGGCGAGUGCCCUCCACAGCUGCCAUGGCCGGGAGCUCGCCCAGAGGGACCAACAAGCACAAUGUCACACACCAUCCCCAAAACAGCACCACCUUCACCUCCAACGGGUCUCCUCCUCUCCCCACAGCACCCAUGGAGCAGCUUGGUGGACACAUCGUGUCCGUGUUUGCUCCCGUGAUGGUAACGGAGACCACCUCGCUGAGAGCCGUCACCGUACAGGGAGAUGUGGAUAAAUGUCUUUCCAACCCUUGUCCUGCACUCGCCACCUGCAACAACACCCGUGGCUCCUAUAUCUGUCAGUGUCCUCUUGGAUAUGAGCUGGAAAAAGGAAAGUGCAAUUUAGUAAGAACAUUCAUUGGCCAGGUCCCCCUGAAACUUAAUAUUACCCAUGGGAAGUAUGCAGAGCUCCUCCACGUCGAGGGUGAAAUCCUGGCGAUGCUCAAUGCAUCACUGUCGGGCUUGCCGGGGUACCGCCACUCCACAGUUAAGGCAACCAGGGAGGCAAAUUUUGUGCAUGUUUCAGUGCAAUCCACGUUCUCUUUAGCAUCCAACGUGACUUUCUACGAUGUUGUCAGCAGCGUGAAAAGCUACAUUCGAGCUUGCAAAUCCCCCACCGAAGUCUGCCAGUUCAUCUCCAGCCUGAAACCGCUCCACAGAGUUGGCAGCUUGUGCAAGCAGAAAGACCCCGAAUGCGACAAGGAAACUUCUGAAUGCACCGACUUCGAUGGAGUCGCACUCUGCCAGUGCAAAAGUGGGUACUUCAAAUACAACAAGAUGGACCACUCCUGCAGAGCCUGUGAAGAUGGAUAUAAGCUGGAAAAUGAGACCUGUGUGAGCUGCCCGUUUGGCUUAGGUGGAUUCAACUGUGGAAACUCAUAUCAGCUCAUCACUGUGGUGAUCGCGGCUGCAGGAGGGGGACUUCUGCUUAUCAUGGGCAUAGCCCUGAUUGUCACCUGCUGCCGGAAGAAUAAAAAUGACAUAAGUAAACUCAUUUUCAAGAGUGGAGAUUUCCAGAUGUCGCCAUAUGCUGAAUAUCCGAAGAACCCCCGGGCACAGGAGUGGGGCAGAGAGACCAUCGAGAUGCAAGAGAACGGAAGCACCAAGAACUUGUUGCAGAUGACAGAUGUGUAUUAUUCGCCAACUGGACUGAGAAAUCCUGAACUGGAAAGAAACGGACUUUAUCCUCCCUACACUGGUUUGCCUGGAUCUCGACAUUCAUGCAUCUACCCUGGACAAUACAAUCCAUCCUUCAUUAGUGAUGAAACCAGAAGAAGAGACUAUUUUUAG